AUGACGGCCGAUUUUGAUUUUUCAUCAGAAAUAUAUCACAGACAUCUCGACAUACAAGUCUUUAAUGGUGCUUUAUCAUUUGCACUUCAUCUCACUGAAGUUCAAGAUUUCCAAAACUUCCUUCAAAGCCUGAAUCCCUUUGGUGAGGGAGAUGGUUUUAUCAGAACUUUCUGGCAGCAGGCAUUCGACUGUGUAUUUCCAGAUACUGAUGUAGGUGAUGAGACAAUGAAUAGCUGUACUGGAGAAGAGAAGCUGGAGAGCCUUCCUGGCCCUUUUUUUGAAAUGAUCAUGACAAGCCAAAGUUACAGUGUUUACAAUGCUGUCUAUGCCGUGGCCUAUGCUCUACAUGCCAUGUUUUCAUCCAGAAACAAAUAUGGAAUCAAGGCAGAUGGGAGCAAGCUGGAGCAUCCAAAGCCACAGCCAUUUCAGGUUGUUCCCCUUGCUGUGUGUAAUGAGAACUGUCUACCAGGUUACAGCACAAAAAGAAAAGAAGGAGAACCGUUUUGCUGUUACGAUUGUGCUCCAUGCCCAGAAGGAAAGAUUUCAAACCAGAAAGAUAUGAAUUACUGUUUCAAAUGCCCAGAAGAUCAUUAUCCCAACAAGGAUCAAAAUGGAUGCCUUUCAAAGAAUCUCAAUGUUCUGUCUUUUGAUGAACCAUUGGGCAUAAGUUUGGCUGUUUGGGCUCUGUGUCUUUCUCUGACCACAGCUGUGGUGCUGGGAAUCUUCAUUAAGCACCAGAAUACACCCAUUGUCAGAGCCAAUAAUCAGAAUCUUACCUACACUCUGCUUUUCUCCAUCUCGCUCUGCUUCCUCUGCUCUUUGCUAUUCAUUGGCCAGCCUCACUUUCUGAUCUGCCUUCUACGACAAAUUGCUUUUGGCGUCAUUUUCUCAGUGGUUAUUUCAUGUGUCUUGGCAAAAACCAUCACUGUGGUUUUGGCUUUCAUGGCCACUAAACCGGGGUCAUGGAUGAGGAAAUGGGUGGGAGAAAGAGCUGCCAUCUCUAUUGUUCUUUGUCUAUCAUUCAUUCAGGUGAUUAUUUGCAUGACUUGGCUAUUUCUUGAUCCCCCAUACCCAGAUUUUGACACACACUCGCUAGCAAAAGAAAUUAUAGUACAAUGCAAUGAAGGAUCUGUUGGAAUGUUUUAUUAUGUUCUGGGCUACCUGGGGUUUCUUGCAAUUGUCAGCUUCAUUGUGGCUUUCUUUGCUAGAACACUGCCCGAUUCCUUUAAUGAAGCCAAAUUUAUUACUUUUAGUAUGCUGCUGUUUUGCAGUCUGUGGGCGUCAUUUGUCCCAACUUAUCUUAGUACCAAAGGAAAAUACAUGGUAGCUGUGGAGAUCUUCUCCAUCUUGGCCUCCAGUGCUGGAUUACUAGGCUUCAUCUUUUUCCCAAAAUGCUUUAUAAUGGUCCUAAGGCCUGAAUUAAACUGCAAGGCACAGCUAUCAAGGAAAAAAUCAAUCACAAUAUCGGAGUUCCCUAAUAGCACGGUUGUGACCCGGCACCGGUCCACAGAGCCCUCAACACCGGGCUGCUUGGCAUCAUAA